UAAAACUUGAUAAGUAGUUGAAUACACAUCAUUACUUCGUUUGUUGUGCAGUUAUUAUUAUAAUGAUUUUUAACUUAUUGUGUUUCUCCCUAUUUGUAUUUACAUUACCACACACUACUAUCGGAAGAGUAGUGUGUCCUAAAGGAGAAGUAAUUGGUAAUGAUGGACAGUGUAUACAGCAAUAUCGCCUGUUUUUAAAUCUAACGGAUGGUCACAAUACCAGGCUCAGGCACGCUUUUGAUACUCCAAAAGGAUGCCCGGUUGGAGAGGAAUUAGGACAUGAUGGAACGUGUCAAAAUCCGUUUAAGUUAAAAUUCAAUACUUCCGAAAUUCCUAACGAAACCGUGACGGCUUCUCCAUCACAACGGAAUCAGCAAAUUAACAACAGAAGAAUUGUUGGUCCUUACCGGUAUCCAGGAAGAUACUGGACGUUUUUAAGUAAAUAUGGGAACAUUCCUGUUGACAUCAUUGAUGACGUAGAUAUUGAUACACAGAAGAUGGGGAAGUUACCACUAGUGGGUAAAACUGACCCAUAUGCCAACGUACCAGUAGGACUUAUUGUUGAUGACAGUUAUGAGGAUUUCUUAAGAAAUAUUCCAAAACUGCCAAAAGUGACACAGUCAUCGACCAGUCAUUAGACUAUUAGCGUGGAUAUGAAGACCGAAAAAGAUGAAAGAGUCGUAAUUAUAGAAGAAGCUGAAGAUGUGUAUCAAAAGUUGUUCUUUAAAAAAAUGUAUGUAUAAUUUUUUCUUUAUCUGUAAUGAUUGUUAAUAAAGAUGCUUUCUAGUGA